AUGGCCCUCAACGGCCUCAUGCCCCAACCUACCACCACAACGAGGCUACUGUCUAUCCUCGUUUCAGCCCUUAUUGCCGUCGCUGCAUUAGUACCGAGCGCUGAGGCAGGCGUCCCACAACGGCACAGACGCGCACUUGACACUUUGAUGGGCAACGAUUUCACGGUGUUUGACAAGCGAGCCUUCGACGCCAUCUCCACGGGCGGUUUCCAGCCAUUCGAGAAACGGGCAUUUGACGCGCUGAGCUCCGGCGGUUUCCAAAACGCUUUCGAGAAACGGGCAGCACCACGAAUUAUCAUCCCCGUCAAGAGGGCAUUUGAUAGCUUGGUACCCGGUGACUUUGGGCGAAACUUCCAGAAGCGAGCGUUUGAUUCAAUGUCCUACGGUGGCCUCGGCGACUUUGGCUUCUUCGACAAACGCGCCUUCGACUCGAUUGGCCACGACGGCUUCAGCGCGUUCGACAGGAGG